AGGGGGGAAGGACAUAGGAAAGAGGGAUGCCUACUUUUAAUCAAUUGAUUCGUCAACACUUUUCACAUGGGAUGCCCCAAGAAAAAACAAGGGCCGAGACUGAUAGGCUUGGGCUUGCUGCGGGUGCGGGCAGUUUAAAAUCCAUGAACUUCGUACAGAGCAUCUCGGAGGAAGAUAAGCAAUGUUCACGGAAAAAGAAGAGAGAUUUUGUCCAUGUCUUACUGAUGAAAAAGAAGACCUUUGUGACCGUGACAGAUGCUAGGGGGAAUAAGAAGACUGGGGCCUCCGCAGGUUGUUUGGAGGAAAGAAAAGGGCGGUCUCGUCUUUCUCGGUAUGCUGCUGAAGCAACUGCGGAACAUGUCGGGCGAUCCGCCAGAAAGAUGGGUUUAAAGUCAGUUGUCAUGAAAGUGAACGGAUCUACUUAUUUCAGGAAAAAGAAGAAAGUGAUCUUGAGCUGGAGAGAAGGUUUUCGAGGUGAAGGAGUAGGAAAAAAAUCUCCAAUUAUGUACAUCCACGAUGUGACCCAACUUCCACAUAAUGGAUGCCGACUCCCAAAAAAACGUCGUGUUCAAAUAGUUCCAACCAUUUUUUAAUCUCCAUUUUCACUUGACAAGAAAGAAUUCCGGAAAAAAUCUGACUCGGAAGGGAGGCUAGACUAAUUGACUGAGCGAGACUCCAUCCAACUAUUCUGCAUCCAUCUAGCAAAGCCGCGUGAGUGAAGCACCCUAAACUUUGUAGUUAAGGCGAAAGCUCCAUUGUAGACGUGAGGAUCCCGUUCUAUUGAGCCUUCCCGCUUAUCCUAAAAACAACUCAGUCAGAUUAAUUAGGACCUCAAGCUAUCACCUCGACGUUUUGAGCUAGCCUAUGAGGUGACGUUUUUUCAGCUGCGUCUGCUUACGCUCUAGUUGUCGGGGGGUUAGCUGACUUGCUGCUUUCUUUCUCUCCUUACCGCUCACGCUAGCCUAUGUGCCUUUUGAUGCUUGUUUAGGAUUGGAGUAAGCAGCAAGAAUUUUAUCUUUUAACCGCCUUAUUUUCGCGUAACACAAUCCAGCGUAUUUGUCACGCAUCAAGUAAACAGCAAGGUUCAUCUGAGACCUGCAACUGCAGCAAGAAAGAGGUGGAAAGCACUUCUUUUUUAGGCUAUGAAGCCCGAUGUGCUAGCGCUUGUGACCCAAGCCUGAAGUGACUGACUAAUAAGAAACUGAUAGGAGUCGUGCUCGGCUUUCUUUCUUUUAUUUAGCCAAGGAUAUUCUUCUGAACCUAUCUUCAAAAAUUAAAAAAACUAAAGCUUUACAUCACCUUAACUUAAUAUAGACGGAACCGAUACCUUAACUUCUUCUUAAUAUGUUGCUUCGGUGGUCCUCUUCGCUAGCCGGAGUAUACCACUAUUCUGAACCAUUUUCAGAGACAAACCAAUAGGAGACAAGGGAUGGAUGUAGCUAGGCUAGGUCAACUCUAUCAUUGGUAUCAUUAUCCCUAUCACGAUCACUAUAUAAAGAUAUGUGCUACUACUAUCCCGAUGCAGCGAAGCUAGGUGGUGCUAUUAUGGCGGGGGAAGGGUCUACUUCUGCUCCAUCGGCAUGCUUUUGUGGCAGGUCUUUCUAUUACCGAUAUGGACCUCACUAAUAGGUCUCGUUCUGUACCUAGGUAUGGAUCUAUAUCACUAAGGUCAGUAUAUGAAUCUGUUGCGUCUUUUCUCUCUGGUCUUGGAUCACCUACUAACUACUGCCCUGCGACAAGGACUGGAACUGCCUCUGGAUCUGCUGCUGUUGUUGGUGCUGUAUCCACAAAUGAUGAUUCUACUGCUGCUGCGGGACCUGUCACUGCCUCCGCCUUUGGACCUGGAACCAUACGAAGGGGAGGGGUAUAGGUCUCGAUCACGUGUGAGGUAUGAAUCUCAACUACGAUCAUAAGGAGGAACUCGGUAUGGGUCUCGAUCACGUGGUUGGGGUGCAUGGGGGUAUCGAUCUGGAGCUACUGCAUAUGCGACUGGGUCACCCGGGAAGCUAUGGAUCUACUGUUUUUGGAUCACUGGCUAAGGCUGGCUUUAAAGCACUAAAGCGAGGUUAACGAAACCUUCUUCAUUGACGUUUACGCGCACUAGAACAACACUAAAGUUUCAGACGAACAGACAUUGAAGGACCUUAAGAUCAAAGUAGUAAAAAUGGCAAAAAAUAGAAAGAGAAAGAGAGGUCUCACUCGAAACAAGGAUCGUCAAGGCUCAUAUCCAGCUGACUU